CAAGUAUAUCGACAACCAGGUUUACAGAGUUGAAGGGAAAACAAAAAUCAAACUCUUGCCUUCAAAACUAGGAGAAAAAACUAAAAAUGGACGCAAUUGACUCAGUUUUUGAUCCGCUAAGAGAGUUCGCUAAGGACAGUGUUCGUCUUGUCAAGAGAUGCCACAAGCCCGAUCGUAAAGAAUUUACGAAAGUAGCGGUCCGUACAGCGAUCGGAUUCGUGGUUAUGGGAUUCGUAGGAUUUUUCGUCAAGCUCAUCUUUAUCCCUAUUAACAACAUUAUUGUUGGAUCCGGUUAGCCUUGCUUCAUGUUACAGACUCACAGGAAGGACGGGAACCAGUAGAAAUUUUCAACACUGAGAUAAAAGAACUGUAUGUUUUUAGAUCGAGAGCUAUAUCAUGUGAGUUUUUGAACUAGUUUUAAUUUAAGCCUCGGGUUGUCUUAUAUUUGGUUUUGUUGUAAUAGAAUCUUGUUGAAGCAAGUGAGUUUUGGUCUAAAUGAAUUUUAUGUUCAGGCUAACAGUGUACUUGAUGAAAAUCCAAUGAAAUAUCCGUAAAACUCAA